AUGCCGGUGCGACUGUUCCCGUCACAGAGCGCAGCCGCCGACCCUCAGCAGGCCCAGUCCAGCCAAACCAAUCCUAAUCAUCAGACCGCCUUUGUGUUGCGUCAAACCGACCCCGAUCCCUGGUUGGAGUUGCGGGAGCUGGCCGAGAAGGAGCCUGAGAGCACGGGUGCUACUCCAUUUACUGGUGCUGCCAGCGGUGUCAACGAGACCCAGCCAUUGUUGGGGAAGAAGAAACGGGCCAGUUCCGGAGCGGAGAUCAAGCCUUGGCCGUUGAAGACUCGGCAACAAUUCGAGAACGUGUGUCCUAGAAGUGUCUCGUGGUCGCUAGCCAAACCCAAUCCCAAGGAUCCCAUCAAACAACGGCCGUCUUUUGGAGACUCUGAUAACUUCAACAACAAUCACAGUUUCGAGAAUUUCGAGAAGCGACCGGCCGAUCUCAGGCCAAGAGGAAGUUACAAACGAGCUACUCAUCGACCUCCAUCUUUCCGACUUAAGACAUCACCACAUCCGAGCAGCCUAAUUCCCCCAAGAAGUCCACGUUUGGUCCCGAACGGAGGGCCAACCAAGCCCAGUCCAUUACUCACGCCCGAUCCUUUGUGGUCGCCGGCUUCACGGCAUCUGAGUGCCGUUCCUUUCGCACCUCUAGCGCCGCCAUUUAAUUUUUUCGGUGGUGGGUUCGGACGGCGAGAUUACUUUGGAGGUCCAUAUCAGGUGGGUUUUAAUUUAUUCAAAUUUCAUGUUUUCGAAUUUAAUUUACGCAAGUUUUGGGGUAAACAAUCAAAGAACAAAAAGUGAUGCUGAAGUUCUUAUUACAUUAUACAUACCACCAUAACUCACGGCAAUCUUGGCUUAUAAAAUUAACAUUAUAUCCGCAAAAAUAAUAUUUUUGUUGAACAAACAGCAUGAUUUGUGAAAUGAUGUGUUCAAAGUAAUUUCCCGCCUUAGUGCAAGACUCCAGCGGCCAUUUCAACACAAAUUUACCAUGUUUCCAACUGUGCCCUCGGGGCAAUUAUCCCGCUGCUGUAAACAUUCCUUCCUUUCUUAUCCGCAUCUUUCAAUAUUUCCAUUUUACAUUGUGAAUUCUCCGCUCAAGAUUCUCGCUUCGUAAUUUCACUGUAAUUGACAACACUAUUGAAGGAAAAGAGUAAAAUUUUGACCCAAAGAUUGGAGACAUCUCCAGGUACGUAACUGUUAUGACUGAAUUCCAACUUAUAUCCAGUUGUUUGACGACGACAACGAGAAACAAGUGCCGAGUGCAUCUUGAGUGACUUUCAACCACAAUUUUCCCACAUUUGGAUUGCACGGAGGGGUUUUCGGUUUCGGCGGUUUCCCUGUUCAAUCUUUACGAAGCGCCUUUUCUCGCUGGAAGCGAGAUCUACCAGUCUGGGACUCGCCUCUCAGCAGGCGUAUUGCAACUAUUCCUAGAAGUUUCCCUUUGGGCGAUCUGUAUUUUUCUGACGUGAAAUAUCUUAUAGUAGUUUUGCAACUCAGCCAGAAUUUGGGUAAGAACUCAGCGCUUCAAUAUCAACGAAAAUUUAGUCAACAAUUUUCUCAGCCCGACUAAAAACUGGACCAAUCCAACAUUCCAAAAAUCCAGCCAGUUAAGCGUUUACAACGACGUCAGAGUCUCGCUCAAGCCGCCGAACAACUCGAAGCCGAGCAAUCAUUCGCUGAUAUUCGACCAUUUGGCCGCCGCCGAACCUUGGCUUCUUUGGCUUUGGCCAAAUUCAAAACUCGAGUAAACUCCAAAUCUGCGGACAGUAUCUCUGAUCUACAAAAGUCGUUGGAGACCGAGGAGACGCAGAAAAAAGAAUCAACUGAUACCACCAAAGAGAAUCCCUCAGUCUGUGUAGCUGAAGAUUUGACAAAACCGGACAGCCCUUCUGAACCUACCAACCCUUCUUCAUCAAGAACUUUACGGCCUAGGUAUCUGACACGUCAACGCAGAUCUCUGCAACCGGCUUACGAGCCUCGGUUUGAGCCGACGCAAGAAGUUUCCUCACCGAAAACAGAGCGACUACAGCCGUUGCUGACCUUUACAUCAGGCAAAAAAGAUAAACCAACUGCUCCAGUGCGAAUAGUCACACCUCCAUCCAAUAUUCAAUCAAUCCAUCCAAAACCCUCGAUUCCUAUCGUCCUUUACAAUCAGCCAGAAACUGAGCAGGCCUUGGAAAAGUCUCAAACAAGCGAUAGCACUGCUACAGUUCCAAAAUCAACUACUUCUCGAGCAACUUCUACCAUCCGAAAGCUUCCUUAUUACCCGCCAAAAUAUACCGCACCAUCUCAACGGCCACAAAACAAUCGACCGGUAUAUCAACGGGCUUCCAGUGGGUACAGUAAUCGACUGCCAUCUUCGAAGUCGGUUACAGCGCGAGUUCAUCCACCCGCCGGUCGUAUGUGGACAGCCGAAGACGAGAGUGACGGCGAGGAAUCCCAACCGAGCUUUGAUUUGGACAGAAACGCCAACGAGGUGGGUUUAGAUUUGGAAUUGGAGGAUUGA